AAGCAUCACCAACCUCAUCAUCAUCAUCGUCGUCGUCAUCAUCAUCUCUCUCUCUCUCUCUCUCUCUCUUGCACACGUACGCGCACUCUCGAUCUUGACUUUUUGCCAGAAGGCCAUUCGAGAGAGAGGGGCUCGUGGGAUCGCGGGCUCUGGGUCAAUGGAGAGAUUGCCGGAGGAGCUCUGUUCCAAGAUAUUCUGCCUGCUGGAUCACCAGAACCUCGCCGCUGCUCUCCAAGUUUGCAGAAAAUGGAAAGUCAUGGCCUCAGCCGAUGCCCUUUGGAGUAACUUGUUCAGGGAGAGAUGGGGUGAAGAUCGCGCUGCCUUCUAUGAUCCCACCGACUCGAAGUCCUGGAAAGAGGUGUAUGAGGUGCAGGACCGUUGUGACCGUGUCGGACUGGGACUGAAGAUAAUCAGGGAAGGCGGUGAUUACUUUAUCGUUCAUCAAGGUGAAAUUCAACGUCAUCUAGGUUCAAGGACCCCUUGCCCGCGAGGUUCUAAAAGACAUCAAAAUGGGGAAGAAUUGAUGCAUGAGGAGGCAUCUAGUCGAUGCCGAAGUAUUCUUGACAAUAUCCUGUUCUUCAUUGGGGACUUGGAAGUGGCUUCCACGGAUGCAAAACGCCGUCGGGUGCUAGAAUAGCAUUUAUGUUCAUUUGUUUAUGACAUUAUCCUGUUUAUUGUAUCUAAGCCUUGAUGUAGAAUCCACUCACUUUGAUUUAUAAGCGAGGAGGGUGUCUUGUGUUGUGCAUUCAUUGCCUGAUGUAGAAAGGCCUACGUAGAUAUGUGUUUACCUUGCAUUUCAUUUCAAACUGACGGAUUUUAUUGAUUCUAGCUCA